AUGGGAACGCUCCGGGAACGUAGAAAUAUCCCGCCGUGGGUGAAAUGUUUCAAAGACCUGAAAGAUUCCGAAGUGUUCCAGGUCCAGACGCGGCUGCUGGAAGCCAUGUUCGGCCGGGACGGAUGUCGAAUCCUUUACAUCGAGCAGGUGAGCAAGGCUAUGCUCGAGCUGAAGGCUCUGGAGUCUCCAGACUUCGCCGAGGUAGUGGUUUACGGCUCCUAUAAAUACAAGCUCCGGGCCAAGUGGCUGCUCCAGUCUAUGGCUGAGUGGCACCGCCAGCGCCAGGAGCGAAAGAUGCUCAAACUCGAGGAAGCCAUGAAUGCCCUCGAACCAGCUUCCAACCAGGAUGAAGGCCAGGAUGUAGAGAUUAGUUUGUGGCCAGCUUUGAAGUGA